UAAUCCAUCUCUUCUACAUUCGAAAUUCGACCGUAAACUUCAAAUUCAAGGUUUAUUUUUAAACAAACUGAUAACGUGAGGUCGUAUCCCCACUUGAUGAGGAAAAUAAGUCACAAUACGUUCCGAGAAGCAGUGUGGUGUGUGAAGUGACAAGAUGUACAAAUUCCUCUCAAUCCUGGUGCUCCUGGCAUUGUGCCGCGCUCAAGACGAAGGGGGCGACCUGGAGUCCAUCAUCAAGCAGCUCCAGAACCAGAAUAAUGGAGCGACGCAAGCGCCGCAGUCGUCCACUUUGGUGCCGAGCAUAGUUAACAAUAACGCGGACGAUGGCGACAAGUCCUGUAUGACAGCAGACAACCAGAACGGCGAGUGUGUGCCGUACUACUUGUGCGGCGCCAACGACACCAUUAUCAAUGAUGGUGUCGGCAUCAUCGACAUCAGAGUUAAGGAUGGCGAAUGCAAGUCGUACUUAGACACGUGCUGCCUGCCGCCAGACCGCAAGACCCCGGACAACCCCAUCACCCCCGCGCCUCCUGCUAAGAACCGAGAGGGCUGCGGCUGGCGUAACCCCGACGGUCUCGGGUUCCGUAUCACCGGCGCCGCCGACGGAGAGGCCAACUUCGGCGAGUUCCCGUGGAUGGUGGCCAUCCUCAAGAUCGAACCAGUACACGAGAACGAGCCAAACGGCCAGAAGCUCAACGUGUACGUCGGCGGUGGCUCCCUCAUCCAUCCCAGCGUGGUUUUGACAGCGGCCCACUACGUGUCCAACGGGAACCAACUGCGAAUCCGCGCUGGCGAGUGGGACACACAGACGAAGAGCGAGGUGUAUCCGUACCAGGACCGUGAUGUCAAGGAGGUGGUGGUCCAUAAGGACUUUAACAAAGGCAACCUGUUCUACGACAUAGGUCUCCUCUUCCUGGCGUCCCCCGUCGACGCGGCGCCGAACAUAGGCGUCGCUUGCCUGCCGAGCCCCGGCGUACGCGCCGUCGGCGGCAAGCGCUGCCUGGCCAGUGGGUGGGGCAAGGACCACUUUGGGAAGGAGGGCCGGUAUCAGGUCAUACUUAAACGGGUGGAAGUCCCUGUAGUAGACCGCGCGCGCUGCCAGCAGGAGCUGCGCAAGACCCGCCUCGGCAAAUACUUCGAGCUGCACAGCUCCUUCAUGUGCGCCGGGGGCGAGUCCGGCGCCGAUACGUGCAAGGGUGACGGCGGAUCGCCCCUCGUCUGUCCUUCUGAGUACGAGAAGGACCGCUACAUCCAGUACGGAAUCGUCGCGUGGGGCAUCGGCUGCGGCGACCAGACGCCGGCCGUGUACGUCGACGUCGGACACCUCCGGUCCUGGGUCGACGACAAGGUCCGCGGACACGGAUACGACGAGAAAGUUUACACUUACCUCGACUAGGUUUACAGAUGUCUUGCAGGCGGUUAGCACUCACCGCCGCCUAUCACUUUGCAUCAUUGUUUCGUCGGCUACAUUUUCUCGGCAGCUACUUCUAAAAUAAAGCGCCAAUUGUCUUAAAUCCCAUAAUGAAAAUGAGGUAAACAUACAGAAAUAGGUUCAUAUUUUGUAGUAGUUAUGUGGAGAAGACAGACAUAUAAAAUUUUUGGUUAGGAAGACAGUCAGAGCGUCAUGGGGCAAGAACUUUCGUAUUUGUACCUACACGUACAUACUUAGUCAGAACAGAAAAGCUUUGCUCCCUCUGCUCUACCGACCUCUGUAGACGGUCUUACCUGGGACUUGGGAGACGGUCUUCCCACAUUGACCUUAUAAAAUGCAUUGUGGGUGUGAGUCAUAGGAAUUAUAUAUCGGGACCUACCGCGUUCUUGAUUAUUUCGUCUAGUAACUAGACUAAGUAGUUGCCUUCUCUAUCAGUCGAAACUUAAGACCGCUAGAGGCAGAUAAAAUUUCGU